GAGCCAACGCUGCGUGUGGGGCUGGCUGCUUUUGUGAGGCAGCGGCGGCAGCGACAGCAGCACCGGCGAAUGGGGCGGGCCGACGAGAGGCGGACAGUGCGGGGCGUGGGAAGGCGGCGACGGCGGCCGCACCUGCGACGACUUCAGCCCGAGAAGCGUUAGCGAGCGCUGUCUUCAUGGAGGUUCCUCCUCCCGCUUCUUCUGCGUGUGUCCCUCUGCCUUCCCCACAGGUGGCGGCGGAAGUGACGGUCAGUGUGGGGUGCUUGUCGUUGGGGGAAGAUGGCGGCUGUGUCUGUGCUAGGCAGUGAAGAAGGUGAUUCAUGGCAGGGGACGUGGAAGGCUUUAGUUCCUCCAUCCAUGACACCAGCGUCUCUGCUGGGUUCAGAACACUGUAUGAGGAGGGAUUGCUUCUUGACGUCACCCUGGUUAUUGAGGAUCAUCAGUUUCAGGCUCAUAAAGCAUUGCUUGCAACCCAAAGUGAUUACUUCCGAAUUAUGUUCACAGCUGAUAUGAGAGAGCGGGAUCAGGACAAAAUCCACUUGAAAGGUCUAACAGCUACAGGCUUCAGCCAUGUUCUCCAGUUUAUGUACUAUGGAACCAUUGAACUGAGCAUGACCACUGUUCAUGAGAUCCUACAGGCUGCUAUGUACGUCCAGCUUAUUGAGGUGGUGAAGUUCUGCUGCUCCUUUCUUUUAGCAAAAAUCUGCUUGGAAAACUGUGCAGAAAUUAUGAGGCUCUUAGAUGACUUUGGUGUAAACAUCGAGGGAGUCAGAGAAAAGCUGGACUCCUUUUUGUUAGAGAAUUUUGUGCCACUCAUGGCCAGACCCGACUUCUUGUCCUAUCUGAGCUUUGAAAAGCUCAUGACAUACUUGGAUAAUGAUCGUCUGAGCAGGUUCCCAGAAAUAGAACUCUACGAGGCUGUUCAGGCUUGGUUGCGGCAUGAUAGAAGACGCUGGAGGCAUACCGACACCAUCAUUCAGAACAUCAGGUUUUGUUUGAUGACACCAUCCAGUGUUUUUGAAAAGGUGAAAACAUCGGAAUUUUAUCGUUAUUCCCGGCAGUUGCGGCAUGAGGUGGAACAAGCGAUGAAUUACUUCCAUUGUGUUCACCAGCAGCCUUUGAUGGAAAUGAAAUCAAAUCGCAUUCGUUCUGCCAAACCCCAAACUGCAGUAUUUAGAGGAAUGAUAGGGCACAGCAUGGUAAAUAGUAAAAUUCUCCUGCUGCACAAACCAAGGGUCUGGUGGGAGCUGGAGGGUCCACAAGUACCUUUACGUCCAGACUGCCUUGCCAUUGUUAAUAACUUUGUAUUCUUAUUGGGUGGGGAAGAGCUGGGUCCAGAUGGUGAAUUUCAUGCUUCUUCCAAAGUGUUCAGAUAUGAUCCAAGACAAAACUCUUGGUUAAGAAUGGCAGACAUGUCUGUACCACGCUCAGAAUUUGCUGUUGGAGUUAUUGGCAGGUACAUAUAUGCUGUGGCUGGGAGAACAAGGGAUGAGACAUUUUAUUCAACAGAGAGAUACGAUAUCACAGAAGAUAAAUGGGAAUUUGUGGAUCCCUAUCCAGUCAAUAAAUAUGGACAUGAAGGAACUGUUCUUGGGAACAAGCUGUACAUCACAGGUGGAAUUACAUCCUCUUCCACAUCUAAGCAGGUGUGUGUAUUUGACCCUAGUAAAGAAGGGACUGUGGAACAACGAACAAGGAGGACUCAAGUGGUCACUAACUGUUGGGAAAACAAAUGCAAAAUGAAUUAUGCAAGAUGUUUUCACAAGAUGAUAUCUUAUAACGGCAAGCUUUAUGUUUUUGGUGGUGUUUGCGUAAUCCUUCGAGCCUCUUUUGAGUCUCAGGGAUGUCCGUCCACAGAGGUUUAUGACCCAGAUGUUGAUCAGUGGACUAUUUUGGCUUCUAUGCCAAUUGGUAGAAGUGGCCAUGGUGUAGCUGUGUUGGACAAACAAAUAAUGGUUCUUGGAGGCCUGUGUUACAAUGGUCACUACAGUGAUUCAAUUCUCACUUUUGAUCCAGAAGAUAAUAAAUGGAAAGAAGAUGAAUAUCCAAGAAUGCCCUGCAAACUAGACGGUUUACAAGUGUGUAGUCUACAUUUUCCUGAAUAUGUGUUGGAACAUGUUAGGCGCUGCAGCUAAAAGAUCCAGAAAACUAUUUAUAGACUUGUAGGUUGGAAAAGAAGAGGGAAAGCAGAUUUAGACCCACUGAAGACACUGAUCUGUGUAAUACAUCUUUUAAUUUAAUAAAGAAAAGAAAGAGUGUACAGGGGAUGCAUCUACUAAGUUUAUUAGGAAUACUAAUAACUGUGGUUUUAUAUUGUACUUUUGGUUUUUAUUUUUACAUGCAAUUACUGUAUGUUUUGAGAGAGGGGAAACAGUCUGUUCUACUUCAUGUUUUUUUAAAAACCCUAUCAUGUGUUCAUUCAGUGUGAAUUAGGGCAGCCACAAGCUUCAGAAAGCAUUGAAACAUACCAUGUUUGCCAAGUGGGUCAAAAGCACAUUUAUUUUAAUUUGGGAGGAGGGGGGAUAUUUUUCUAGGGUGUUUUUAAUACAAAGUUUUGGAAAAGUUUAAAUAUAUGCAAUACUUUUCUGUUACAAAUUAUUUUACUGAUUUAACACCACAAAAUACAACAUUUAUAAUUCAGAAUAUAAAAUUGUACUGUUUGGCAUAUUUACGGGAUUUAACCCUCUUAAAACUAAAAACAUUUAAAAUAUAUACAAUAUUUGAGAAAGAAUUGCAAUUUGCUGCAUCCUAUGCUAUCUUAUCAUAUGUAUCUUGAUUUCUGCCAUUUCAGAAGUUGGGGUGGGGGGAGGGAAUUAAAGUAGGAAACAAAUUCUGUCGUAAAAGAAAAGGGUUUAUUUGGACAGAAGCACUUUCAUACAGCCACAAUAGCAUAUAAAAUUUUAACUUAACUUUUAAAUAAUGCAGCACCAUAGCAUAUUGUUGCCAAAAUUAUUCACAUCUCAACCUACAUUAUUUAACAUGCGUUGUAGGAGGCUAUAUGGGAAUUAUUGUUACCCAGUGUUGUAGAUUGCUAGUAUAAAUUUUUCAUCCUACAUAUGUUGAGUAAAAUAUUGCCUUUAAAACUUUACUCAUUUUGGGGGAAUCUCAGAAAGGUUUUUUUAAGAGCUUCCCAAAGUUUCCCAGUUUUUCCAUCAUGAAAAUUGAAAAAAAAAGUGUGUCCCCCCUUGAAUUUUUCCAUUUUUAAUUCUGGCCCUUCACAUCUCUAUUAUGCAUUUUAACUUUUAAAAAGCUACGUCCAAAUAAAAUUAAACAGUCUUACUAGAACAGGACCUGAUAUAGCAGUGACAUAGCAGUCUUUCAGUCUUGCCCUGUGCUUUGCAUUUUGAAAAGAUUUUUUUUCUAAAAUUACUUCCCUUCCUGAUCAGACAUCAUAAUUAUCACUUUAAUAUCAUUGAAAAUGUAAAAUUAUUUUCUAUUUUUACGUGACUUUCUCUUCAGCCUUGUGCAAUAAUUUCAGGAAGUCUGUGAAAAUAUAUUUUUAAUUAACAUCAAGGGUCUUCAACAAGAAACAUUCUAGGCUGCCUUUACAUUGUGUGUUGUGAAUAUCAGGUGUAUAUAUUUAAGACCAAGGUAAAAUGCACCUUAUGUGCAGCUAGAAAAGUCUGUUUUUAACUAGUACACAAAUAAUUAACUAUGAGUUUUAUGUGUAAUAGCAUCCUUCAUGUAUUUGAAUUUCUGGGUAUCUGGAAGCCUUGUUCAUAAGCUAAUCUUUGGUUUAAAAAACCCUGUUUAAUAUAUGAGUUUUUAAAUUCUAAAAAUGAUAGCUUUACCACUUUUUCUUUUAUAAGAAAGGUCACAGCUCCUAACUUGUCCUUUCAGAAUUUUAUUUAUAAAAUUUAAAUCAGAAAUGUGUAAUAGUCACUAAAUGUGUCCUAUGACAAGGGCUGUUCUUCUGUAGACGUUACUAUCAGAAAUGUUGGUGCACUACAGAUCCUUGUUUAUUGUCUGAUAAACUGCUGUGCUUAAAUGUUGUGCCAGGAUAGAUAUGCUGGUUUUUUAGAAGCAACUUGGAAAAUAACUACUGACCUUGCAAUCCUUGAAUGGAGGCCUGGGGGGCUUGUGCAACUGCAUCUGGAUAAGAGCUGUCAUGCAGACCAUUGAAAAUUAAUUGGAUAGACUUCUGAACUAAAAUACUGGCAAUAGAAUGUGGGUAUAAUAGCAAUUUAAGGCCUUCUCAUGCUGGAUGAACUUGCUAAAAUAAUUUCUCAAGAGAUACAACUAUUUGUGGGAAACUUGGCUUAAGUUGGGUAUAAGAUUACACAGUAAUGUCUGGAAAUUUUAUUUUUGGCAAUACGGUAUGUAGCUGGAAAUCAUUGUAGAACAAGCUGUCUAUAUUCAGGGAGCACGAAAUUAUGAAUGCCAAAAGAACUAAAUGCUCCCUAAAUAUGCUGCAUUAAACUGUAACACAUUUCUCUAAGGUGAAUGAACAACUGUCAUUUUACAAUAUAAAAGUGCCUUUUUAUAGGGCACUUUUAUUAUUCUUACAGCUCCUAGAAUAAAAAAAAAGUAUAAGAAGAGAGUAAUACAGGAAGGACAGGACUGCUACAUGUUUGUGUCCUCCAGUAAAGUAUAAUAUUGAUUAAAAGGGAGGGGGGAAUCUACACGUUAAAUUUGAUUAUUAUAGUGUAUUAACAUUGAUUACUAGAACUAACAUUCACAUUACUGUCCACAAAGGAAGACUUGCCAGUAAAACUACUGAUUGACCGUUGUUAGGCAAUAUUUGUGUGCUUGGAAAUACUCAACAUCUCCUUUGCAGCACAACCAUAAAUGCAUGCAAUAUUCUGUAAAGAACAUAUGAACAUACUACUUCAAAAGUGUUUCUUGGAGUUGUUUCAUUAAUACACCUUUUUCUGGCAAGUGGACAGAGAAUCAAUUUAUAUAAUCAGUAGCCUCGUGCAAUUUAACUCUUUGUGUAUACAAAACUAGCAUACCAGAUGAUUUUGGCUUUGCCAUUAUCUCUUCAAUGUGAUGAAAAUGCUAGGAACUAUUUUAACGUUAAUUUAAAUUUCAUCCUGUGCUUUAAGGUAGCAUAGAGAUGUCACACAAAGUUGCUGAUUAUGCACUCUUAAGAGCUAAAGCCAUUGUCUAUUUAGUCUUAUGUGAUACAUAUACAGAGUGGGAUUUUGCAGGGGUCCACUGUCAAUAGUUACCUAGCUAAAUAAAGGUGUUCUGCAUAGCAAACACAGUAGUAGACUUUAAUCCAAAGUUAACAUGGUAUUUGAAUCUUACAUUCCCUCUCCACCAGCAUAUGAUCUAGAAGACCUGUGUCACUUGAAAAUUUUAUACUUCCUUUGUGUGGACACAGUCAUCACCUAGAAGAGCCAUUAUUAACAGUGUGGAGACCUUUUGGACAACCCUCAAUUCUAUGCCAUUUUAAAACAAUCAAGGGGUUAUUUAUGUUCAAUAGCUGUUAAUGAACGGUCUUUGAUUAACGUAUGACAUGCUUUGUGAUGGUUUGCUGGCAUGUCUGUUCCUAAACUCCGUCCUAAGAAUUUAUGCUGUUAGGACUAGAACUUCAGACUGAUUCAUUCUCAGAAACUAUUCUAUUGUGGCUGCUUCAAAUCCUACUUACCAUGAAAAUCUGCCCACUUUGUAACACAACAAUGAAUAAUUUGUUUUAGUAUCUUGCAGUAAUAUGAUGAGAUUAUCAGAUUCGCGUGGUCACGUGGCUCACAGCUUUCAGCAUUUGAAGUUCAAGAGUUACCUUUUAUGUGAAUUGAGCUGUGCAUUUAAUCUAUUAAAAUUAAGGUUGAACAGGGCACUGUGGUAUAGUAUAUUGCUUCAGAUAUCAAGGUAGAGAUCAGUUAAAUUGAUCAAAGUGGUCCUUUGCAUGCCAAGCUAGUGUGUUGGGAAGAAGGGUUCAUUCCUACCUUUGUUCCUAACAUGCUAAACCUUAUUGGGGCAGGGGGAUUGUUGAUGUAGCAGAACUUUGAAACAUGAUCCUUUAAAUUCAUAUCUCAAGUAGAACAGACCACCAUUUGAAUUUGAAUCUGUGCACGACUCAAACAAAUGUAUCCUUUAGAAAAGGCUUAGCACUCAGACAAAAGAACACUUAAUUAAAUACAUAUGUACACACUGCUUUUUAACAUCUGACUUCAACUAAGUAUUAGUUUUUAGAUAAGCUUUCAGUAUUUUAUCUGAAAUGAUACCCUAGAUUUAAAGCAUUGGAAACAGAGCAUUAAGGACAAUAAUCUGACAAGAGGAAAUAAGAGACCUGUAAAAUAUUUUAGCGGUUACUUAGAAUUCUACAGUGCUUGUUUCAGUUGGUAUUUCAUUAUGUUGUGAUGCAUCAGUUGAAAAUGACAACUCAAUCUUGUGCUUGUUUAAUUAGGAAUAAAUUCCAGUGAUUUAAAUGGGCCUUAUCUUCAAGAAAGCAUGCACUGGAUUGCAGCCAUUUUUAUUAGAUUUCCAUUUUGUCUACACUGGAAUUUGUUUAAUAAUGUAUGUGUGCUUGCUUUUAUUACUUCUUUCCUAUGUAGCAGGUGAAAAACAAAAGCAAAACCACUUCUUCAGACAACUAUAAGGUAUUACUGUUUUUGUAUUUUGAGUAUGGUAAAGAAGCUAUUUAUCUACUUUGUGUGCAUCAGUGACUCUUAACCUGCUUUUGUUCAUAAUAUCCAAAGUAUUGGUUUAAGGUGGUAUUAAUUUUCAGCACAUGCAUACAUUUCCUCAAUACUUGUUUAAUUUAGAAGAGCUAAAGGUAGUGGGUAUAAUUUUAAAGUAGGUGUUCCCCUUUCCUCCAUUUUACAGCUGCAUUAUCUUCACAGAUUAGAUUUUUCUAAAGCACUGGGCUUUUCAUAAUAUUUGGUUCAAAUGCUGAAGGUUCCAUUUGCAUUGGUGAGUCAAGUACUUAAAAGCUUGGUGACCCCCAGUCCAACUCAACCUAAUGGUUUAACAACAAAUUGAUUUCAGUGGGAUUAAGCAUAUUUAAUUUUGCAUUAGUUUGUGACCCCUGCAUUUCUGUGGAAGGGAUGCAUACAGAGUACAUCAAAUAUCAGGAAAUAGUGCGUGAAGAAAGAAAACUAUUAUGCUCUUUUAAGGGACCAGUGAUUCUCUGAAGAAACAGUAACUUGCAAUGAGCCAAUUUUACAUGGGUAAAAUUUUUCAACUACUGAAAAAGUUGGUAUCUUUAUUUCACUAGUAUGAACUAGCCACUAAUCGAGAGGCUUUGCAAUCAUGGCUUAGUCUAGAAAGAACUUGUUCUUGCAAUUUGAUCUUACACGAUUAUACUCGCAGUCAUGGAUAGUGUUUUCCUAUAAGAACUGGAUGAGUCAAAGGAUCAAGAUAGAAUAGAAAGGAUACAGCAUGCAAAAAAUUAGACACUGAUAAAACAUAAUAACUUUGUUUAGUAUUCCCACUUUUUACACCAAAUUAGUUGUUGCUAGAAAUAAUGCUUUUGCAUUUUAGGGGUAAUACAGGAGCCUCUUGAGUAGAAACAUACUUAAUACAACUUCAUUGGGAUCAUAAUGUGGAGCACCUUUUCCACUUAACGCUUAUUUAAUAAAAAAUGGAAAAAUACUUAUUCUUAAUAAUCUGUUAAUAGAAAUUACUUUAUGAAGACUUACAUUUUGCAUAGGCAAAGGUACCAGUUGGUGUCUGAAUCUGAAAAUGGGCAAGUGCACUGCUUCUGUAACUUCCACAGGAUUACUCAUACUUGGUAUGAAAGCUACCAUAACCAUUUGACAGCUUAUGACUACAUAAGGUUGAACAUGUGCUUAAAGGAUUGGAAGCUCUUAGUUUUCAUGUUACAUCAUGUUUUAUCAGUAGUAAUGUUCAAUAGUGUUGGAAAGGAACAAAGAAGAAACUGAAUAUCUAGACUGUGUUGGUGGAUUCGUCCUAAAACUUUUAAUAGGUUAGUUCCAAUUACAGCUUCAGCAACAUGAAGACAUUAUCGAUCUCUUAAAUAUCAUUCGAUGAAAGUCUGGAACCCUUAUAAAAAUCUACCAAGAGCAGUAGCAUUAAGAAGAGUUAUCCAGGCAGAAUUCCAUAGUGAUUCUCCGUGUACCCCAAACUGAUGUGCCAUAAACAACUCUUCCAGUGGACUGACUUAAAACAUUAUUUCCUAACUUCACUGUGUGCUGUAGCAAAUGAGCAUACUUUGUUGUUUCAAAUAUCUACAUGGACUCAAGCAUACCUUUGGGAUAUUUUUUCAAAUAAUGUUCCAGGGCUGCUAGGAAAUUCUAAAAUGUAGGGUUUGCCUCAACUUUUUAAAAACAUUUUUCUUCCCUUUUUUUUGUUUGCAGGUUAACCUUCCAUUCUGUGAAUGCAUUUUGUCUAAACAUGCAUAUGUACUCUUAUGUUUUAAACUAAGAGGUGUACAAACUGUAUAUAUAGAAAAAUGUAAAUAAAAUAUUUUUAAUCUUUA